CAUCACAUGGAAGCAGAAAAUAACACCAUUCUAGAAUUUCUUCUUAUGGGACUAUCAGGGGAGCCAGAACUACAGCCCCUCAUCUUUGGGGUGUUUCUGUCCAUGUACCUGAUCACUGUGCUUGGGAACCUACUCAUCAUCCUGGCCGUCAGCUCAGAUUCCCACCUCCACACCCCCAUGUACUUCUUCCUCUCCAACCUGUCCUUUGUGGACAUCUGCUUCACUUCCACCACUGUCCCCAACAUGUUGGUGAACAUCCAGACACAAAAUAAAGCCAUCACCUAUGCGGGAUGCAUCACCCAGAUGUACUUUUUCAUCUUCCUUUUUGGGCUGGAUAACUGUUUCCUUGUUGUGAUGGCUUAUGACCGCUAUGUGGCCAUCUGCCACCCCCUGCACUACACAGUCAUCAUGAACCCCUGGCUCUGUGGAUUUUCAGUUCUAGGGUCCUGGAUCAUAAGUUUCUUGUAUUCCUUAUUACAAAGCUUAAUGGUGCGGCGACUUUCCUUCUGCACAAAUGUGGAAAUUCCCCAUUUUUUCUGCGAACUCAGCCAGCUGGUCCAAUUGGCCUGUACAGACACUUUCCUGAAUGACAUUGUGAUCUAUUUUGGAGCUGGGUUGUUGGGAGGUGGCUCAUUUGCUGGGAUCCUGUAUUCCUACUUUAAAAUAGUUUCUUCCAUACGUAGAAUCUCAUCAGUUCAGGGCAAGUAUAAAGCAUUUUCUACCUGUGCGUCUCAUCUCUCCGUGGUCUGCUUCUUUUAUUGCACUGGCAUCGGAGUAUAUCUGAGCUCAGGUGGUAACCAGAACUCACAAUUCAGUGCAACAGCCUCAGUGAUGUACACAGUGGUCACCCCCAUGAUGAACCCCUUCAUCUACAGUCUCAGGAACAAAGACAUCAAGAGGGCUCUGAAAAAGUUCUUUGGGAUGGUUACUCUUUAG